CGGGCAUGGCAUAUUGUUACCAGUAUUUGGGAGAGAAGAUGGUAUAUAAGGGCAAUAAUGCCUUGCGUCUUCGUGGACAGCUAUUUACUAGUAGUAUUCACCAAGCAAUCCAAUCUAGGACCAAUAGCGAGACAAGACUCAAUAUGGCCUCUAACCCAAUCGUUUUAAUCACCGGUGCCAAUACUGGCCUCGGACUCGAAAUAGUCAAGGACUUCUUCCGCUCGCCUAAAGCAUACACCAUACUUCUCGGGGGUAGGAGCCUCGACAAAGCCAACGCCGCCGCUAAAGAAGUGCAGGCGGAAUUUUCCGAGAGCUGCAGCGUUGUCAAAACGGUCCGAAUCGAUCUUGAAGAAGACGACUCGAUCUCUAAAGCAUUCGAAUAUGUUGCCAACGAAUAUGGUCGAGUGGAUGUCUUGAUCAACAACGCAGGGGCAUUGUUUGACCCUCAAUUAUCCGCCGGAAGUCUGACAAUGCGAGAGGCGUGGAACAAGUCAUGGAAUGUCAAUACCACGGGGCCACAGAUCCUUACUCACACUUUCGUGCCUCUUCUCUUGAAAUCGACAGAUCCGAGACUCAUCUUUGUUACGAGUGAGACGUCUGCACUUGCUGAGACCGAGGAUGCCUUGUACAGCUACGACCAGUCCCCCCCGAUGGGUUGGCCCAAGAAAGAAUUUUCUUAUACAGCAUACAGAUCUAGUAAGACCGGCUUAAACAUGAUGAUGCGUGAGUGGGUUCGGAUUUUGCGAGAAGAUGGUGUUAAGGUCUGGGGUAUCUCGCCAGGAUUCCUAGCAACUAAUAUAGGCGGUGAUAGCGAGAGGUACAAAAAGCUGGGCGCAUUGGAUCCGAUCAUCGGGGCUGAGUUCAUACGGGGUGUGGUUGAAGGUGCUCGCGAUGAAGACACUGGGAAAGUCAUUCGUCGAGACAGGGUUCAAGUUUGGUAGCUGUAUUUAGCCACAAAGCUGACAAGUCGGGUGCGAUUAGACGUAUACGUGUAUUUUAGACGGACAAUUGAGAGUCGAAAACGG